UCCGGAAGUUAUUUCCGUAUCGGUGACUGUCAAAUGGCUUGCAAAUAGAACGUAAAGUUUACUAGAUAGGGUGGACAAAACCGUAUUUUUACUGUCUAUGUGGUGGACUUGUACAGGGAGAAGAGCAAUAUUUUGCAUUUAGCAUGCAAUAAGUUGAAAUUGAUAAUUUUACUUUUUCCUAAUGCAGGUCAAGUACAGAUUUUAUACAUGGCAAUCUCCUCAGAAAAAAUGGCUUAUAUCUGUAUUCUCUUGAUAUGGGAUUCAGUGUUAAUAACGGAGACCCUAAAUGUGGGGUACUCUUUAGAUGAUGACCUAUUAUUGCCCUAUGCUGAGACUCAUGGCCCGUCUCAUUCCCAUCGCCACGUGAGGGACUGUCAGUCUCGCAUCCAUGGAAACUUGACCCAUGAGACCUGGCAGGCUAGUGCACACUCUGGAUCUCCUGUGGUUGAAUCCAAGAUUUUUGUCUCCGCAAUCGGAAGCGGUGCGGAAAAGUGGAUAAGUGGUCACAUCACCGUGGUUCAUGACCCGGCGAGGACUGUGUCCGUGCUGGAGCCCAGAGGCCCUGGAGGUUGUAAGGAACUCCAUAGAGAGCUUGUGGAGAACACGGCGAAAACACGGAACUGUCUGAUCGCCCAGAAUGGUGGCUAUUUUGACACUAAUAGUGGACAGUGCUUUGGGAACAUUGUGAGCGAUGGUAGACUGGUACAAGAUAGUGGGGGAGUGCAAAACGCUCAGUUCGGCAUCAGGAAGGACGGGACGCUGGUUUUUGGUUAUCUUUCACAGGAGGAGGUUGUGGACGGAGUAAAUCCUUUUGUGCAGCUGAUCAGUGGGGUGGUGUGGCUGCUCAGGUCAGGAGAGGUUUACAUCAACGAGAGCAUGCAGGCUGAAUGUGAAAAGUCCCAACAGACAGGAACAUUCCAGAAGUUUGUUGAUGUGAGAUCAGCUCGGACAGCAGUGGGCCAUGAUGCUGAGGGCAGACUCAUUCUGUUCCACAUUGAUGGCCAGACAGAAACCCGAGGUAUGAACCUGUGGGAGGUGGCAAAUUUCCUGAAGGAGCUAGGAGUCAUCAAUGCCAUUAAUCUGGACGGAGGCGGCUCUUCCACUUAUGUCCUUAAUGGGUCACUGGCAAGUUUCCCUUCAGAUCACUGUAAGGAGGCGAUGUGGCGCUGCCCUCGGGCUGUGUCCACUGUGCUGUGUGUGCAUGAGCGUCUCUGUCAGCCUGAGGACUGCAACCAGCACGGGACCUGUGCGAACGGUCAGUGUGUGUGCCAGCCGGGCUGGGCCAUGCCAACAUGUGCCAAUCUAACAUGCCAGCCACAAGACUGUGGAGAUCAUGGGCUCUGCACUGCAGAUGGCUGUGUGUGUGAUGCAGGGUGGAGAGGUUCGAACUGCAGUCAGGAAUGUACAGACGGUUUCUAUGGUGAUGGAUGUACGAAGACAUGCACAUGCGUAAAUGGAGGAACAUGUGACCCUGUUCAUGGGCGAUGCACAUGUCUUGCUGGUUUUCUGGGGGCUUCUUGUGAACAAGGAUGUCCUCUAGGUUUCUACGGGCUACAUUGUUUGCAGGAGUGCCAGUGCCAUGAGCUUUGCCCUUGUGACCCUGUAACUGGAAGUUGCAAUGCCACAUUCCAAGGGCAAAGAAAUACCAGUCUGCAUAGAGCUGGUCACUGCCUAGCCACCCAAAUGUGGAAGGAGUGGCAGAAGCAAGAUGAGGCUCACACACAGAAGCCUUAUCUGUCAGAGCAGAGCUGGAUAGUUAUCACUGCCAUCUUGGCUGCAAUUUUGCUGACCAGUGUCAUCGGAAACGUAAUCCAAGUGUGUGGAAAAUGUAGAGCGUAUCCACAGCAGGGGUAUUCCUAUGUACCUCUGAAGGAAGUUAAUGGGUCUGUGGAUAGUCAAAAUCAUUUGAGGACAAAGUUUGACAAAGCCCUCUUCCAACAGUAUGGGUCAGACUGUGAAGACUUCUCAUAGCCAUUGUAUGUAUUUAUGUAUGUAUGCACAUAUGUAUGUAUGUAUGUAUGUAUGUAUGUAUGUAUUUGUGGGUGUGUCUGUGAGUCCAACAUCCAACAAUGACAAGUGUUUUUACAUGCAAGUCCAUUACCAGCAUGGCCAGGAAUAAGAUGUCUCUUUGGGUACAUUCUCAAUGACUCUGAUGAUUAUUAUACACACAGAAAAGCAGACAGUCCUGCAUGGCAUUCCUGCUGAAACUCAGUGAGUUUACUGCCCGUACUGAGUUCAAAAUUAAAAACACAUGCAAACAGGAUCCACCGAGUCAACCUAUAACUUGCUUUUUGUAAAUAUGCUCAUAAGUUUAUGUCUUUAGUAUUAAUUUCAUGGCCUUUACAGCAUUCUCAUGUAAACAGGCAGCAUCAUUGGCUUGUUGUGAAUUCUUUGUAUUACUGACUUUGGUUAAUGUUUUCCGUGAUAACUCAGGAACUUUCAUUUUUGGUGGCCAGGCUUGAAUAUUAACCACGGACAUGUGAAAUCGAGGGUCACUCAUGGGCUGCUUUGUUUUCUUCAUUUUUUUUUAUUUGUUGCCAUAGAAUCAGACCAUAAAUUGAAUUGUGAAUCCCAUAAUAAGGAUUGCUACUAUAUUAAGUUUUUAUUUUUGUUCUUAACACAGGUUCACCCUGCUUGGCCCACAGCCUAGUACAUGUUGUCUUAAGCAAUUUCCCUGGGCAUACAUUGUAAAUUCAUGGCCUGAUUUGUUUUUAUAGACUCCAAGAAACCAAAACAAGGACAUUUUCAAAUGGACUUUGACCUUGACACAGUGUGUCUGGUUGGCAGGAUGCGUUAGCCCAAAUGAAGGGGCAUUCCGCCUAAAUAAAUUGUGGAAGGGUAGGAUUAACAGAGUUGACCCUCCAAUUUUAGUGCCUUAUUAUACCUGCUGACUCAAUACUCCAAGACAACAUUUUUUCUUUUAUAGUGUCAGUGUUUCUUUUUUGUACAUAAACGGAGUAACGGUUUAAUCCUUGAGCACAGGAACAUGGAGAAAGUGAACUGAAUGAAUCUUGGGCUGUUGAGAACAUUGACAAAUUUUAUAAAUAAUUUUUAAGUGUUUUUUUAAUGUGUUUUGUAUUUAACUGAUAAUCGUGGAGCUUCAACCUGAUGGUGUGACCCAACAAUUAUUUAAAUUUACUAUAUAGCAUUCUCACUUAUCCUUACUGUGAAAACUGGGCCAUGUAUGGUUGUGUAAUUCAGUACUUAACUGUUGUUCUUGAUUUUCUUUUGGACUUUUUUAGUUUUGGUCUAAUUAACAGACCCUUGUAAUUGCUACAGUAACAUCACAGUGAACAUCUCUUUAUGAAUGAGAUCAAUGUGUUCGGAGCAGAUUAAAGAACCAAUAGGCUGUUAUUUCUGUGUACUGCUAAGGUAUUUUCAAUUAAUAAUAAAACUAAUAUAUUAUGUUAAA